UUCAACUCCCAGCGUUCCCCGCGCCCUCCCUUUUCUUCCUUCCCGGUUCGCUCGCUCCCAGCGGGAUGACGACAAGGAGGAGGUCGACGACGACGGAGAGCCACCGCGGCCCGGAGCCCCCCGAGCGAACGUGAAGGAAGGUCGACCCCGCCGAAUGGCAGCCGAGCCCCGGCCGGUGAUGCGAGGAGCUCCUUUCGCAAACGUCGGAAGUGCCGAUGCUUCAGGAACCUCCGCCCACCCGAGCGGCCGGCCGGGGAGACCUGCUCUGUGACGUCACACGGCACGGCAGCUGACCGUCGCGCGGUGGAAGCUCGCUCCCGCUCGCCAGCGCUACGCUACGCCACGCCACGCCGCGCCAAAGCCGCAGGGCGCUCGCCCGUGGCCAUGGAGCGCUCGGACAGCAUCCAGCUGGACGUCCCGGACUUCGGCAAUUCGGUCCUGUCGCACCUGAACCAGCUUCGCGCGCAAGGGCGGCUGUGCGACAUCGUGGUCCACGUGGAAGGCCGCAGUUUCCGAGCCCACAAGGCGGUCCUGGCCGCCAGCUCGCCGUACUUCCGCGACCACACGUCCCUGAGCCAGAUGAGCGCCGUGUCGCUGACGGUCAUCCGCCGGGCGUCCGUCUUCGAGCGUCUGCUGGGCUUCUGCUACACGGGGCGCCUGCGCCUGCCGCUCCGCGACGUGGUCAGCUACCUGACGGCCGCCAGCUUCCUGCAGAUGCAGGAGGUCAUCGACCGCUGCACGCGCGUCCUGGAGGGGAUCCACCUCAAGAUGGGACUGGCCGAUCCGGAGGCGGAGCGCAGGCCCGAGCCAACCGGCCCUCCGGGCCCCCCGGAGGCGUCCGCCGUCCCGCCGGAGGCCGAGGAACGGGUCGCCGUCAAGACCGAGCCCGGCCCGGCCGACGAGGGGUCCGGCUACGGCGACGCUGCCCCGGUCCUCGUCGAACAUCAGGGAGCCGAGAGCGAAUCUCCGAGCGGAGGCAAAGAUUUGCGCCGCGCCAACUCACAGGGCGAGGAGGCGGCGGCGGCGGCGUACGAGGACUACGGCGGGGACCCGGCGGGCGAGCGCUGGUACCGCUACAACCCGCGUCUGACCUGCAUUUACUGCUGCAAGUCCUUCAACCAGAAAGGCAGUCUGGACCGCCACAUGCGUCUGCACAUGGGCAUCACGCCCUUCGCGUGUCGCCUGUGCGGGAAGAAGUACACGCGCAAGGACCAGCUGGAGUACCACAUCCGCAAACACACGGGCAACAAACCCUUCACCUGCCGCCUCUGCGCCAAGAGUUUCCCCUUCCAGGCCAUCCUCAACCAGCACCUCCGCAAGAACCACCCGGGACACCGCGCGCCAAACAGCGCCGCCUCGCCGGAGACUACCAGCGCCGGGGGCCCCUCCCCGGGGCGGGAGGACGGCGCCGAGGGCCCCCGCGCCUCCGCCACAGGGCCCGACUGACGCGCGUCCGGGUCCUCCCGACGCCUCCGCCGAGGUCCGGGAGGACCCCCGCGAGUCGGUCUCCGCCACGCGGCCCGAAUCGGGAGGAGCCCGAGGGCUGCGCGGCGAGGGCCCCCUAACGGACGCCGGCCGUCUGCCGCACGACCGUUUGGGAGAACCGCGUCCUUCUAUUCCGCCUCGUUACAAAAGCGGCCGUCGUCGAGAUCGGCUCACGACGCGCCAAAACUAACCUCUACUUAAGCUCAGUUACCUCUCGUCGCCAGAGGGGGUGCGCCGCGGUCAUUUUGCCGUCCUGGCGGAAAGGGAAAAACGGGCGCUCGCUCAAAUCAUUUCAUAGGGCCUUCUCCCAACAUCGGCCGCCAUUUCGACGGAGAUAGACGUUCGAUCCGCUUGGAUUGGCGCCGGCCGGGCCGAAGGGGUUCCCGACGUCGUCCGCGGCGAUGAAAUGUGAGCGCUCGCGGCUAGCCGUCCCGGUCGAAAUGAAUUUUAGUGAACGGCUAGCAUACGAUGCUCACAAAUCCACUCAAGUGACAAUCUACGCGGACGUCUUUUGGCCCGGGGAAACCGUGACGACGGGAUUUGGCUAUUUGGCGAGGAGGGGCCUAGCGUGACCGGACCGGCACACGUAGCACAGCGCUUAAGCUAGCAAAACUCACCAGUUUAAAAAAAAAAAAAAAUGAAAACCACAAAACCUCAAGCCAAUUAAAAAAACCUCAAGACCUCAACCCGACUGGCGGAGCCACGUCGGUCCCACCUCCUCUCCGCCGUCCGUCACGUUACCUCACCGGUUUGGGUCUCGGUUCUCUUGUCGAGUCGGGUCAGGUUUUGGCCACUGUUGUCACUGGAUGGACCUCAGCCUUGUGACUUUUUUUUUUUUUAAAUUUUAAUGCUAACUUGCAGAAAUGGGGAGGAGUCAAAGUGUCACAUGUCUGGCUUUAUAUUCAAGAAAUAAAAAAAAUUGACUGAAAAUGGUGAGUUUGUUAGCAUUUUUUUGGGGGGUCUAAAUCAGGGGUCCCCAACCUUUUUUGUGCCACGGACCGGUGUGAAUUGGGUCUUUUUUCCACGGACCGGUGUUCUGUCAAAUUUUGCACCCUGAUAAAAUUUUGCUCCCAAAGCUUUUGUGGCGGUGAAAACAGACCUUUUCUAUAUUCAAUUGGACUCUCAUUGUUAUCCAGCGGUGCUAAAAAACUAUUUACAUCAUAAACAUACAUGUGCAACACGAAAAUGGCGUAAAUGAAUGCUUAAUGACACGGCAAAGUCGUUAAUUGAGAGAGCUGCGUGCAGUUGUGUGCAGCUAACAUACUAAAAGUAAGUUAAUAUUCCUUUCUUUAAAGAAAGUUAGUAGUGUGUACUUUGGAAUCGCUUUAUUCACUCAUUUUUAACGUUACACGCACGCCAAAUUUGUCAAAACACUGGCAAUGUGUGGAAGGAAACUACAGCAAACAUUAAAAUUUGUUUACAGCCCCGUCGUGUUAAGUGCAGGGAAAACACAACUCACCCGCUGAAACAGCGGGAGGCCUGAUCUUGUUUCGUUGAGACGAGAAGCCCGCUUCACGACGAAAUGUUGGAAAUUGUAGCACAGUAUUUAGUGCUCUCCUAGCGAUGUCAGGAUAUUCCGAAAUGACUUGAAUCCAGAACCUCGGUAGAGUUGGUGUCUCAAAUGUACGUUUAAGGUCGUCGUGAUUUGCCAUCUCUGCAAGCUGAUAUUACUGCUGCACAGACAUGCUCAAAUCACUCGGUUUAUUCACAUAGGGGUCACGAAUCCACUCCUUCGCAGUUCAUGGGUCUUUAGUGAUUGGGAAGUAGCAUAGAUUUUGUUUUCUUCGAGGUUGUAGGCUCAUCUUCUGACUCGUCAGGUUCCCUUUUCACCGUAAAAAAUCUGUCCAAAGACGUCUGUUUUUAGUCAUUCUAGUGUGGGGGCUGAUUAUUUCCGGGAACAAAUGUGAUGGGCGACGACUAGGGUUGGGCAUCGUUUGAAAUUGAACGAUUCCGGUUCCACGCAUCGAUUCCGGUUCCGAACGAUUAUCGAUUUGGAUUCUUUUAGGAGGCAGGGUAAAAAAAAUGCAUGGUUCAUAUUCAAGUGUUAACUUCUCGAUUUUUUUAAAUGAUAUGAACUUCUCAAUGAACAUGUAUAUAAAUAUCAGUCUUUGAACUUGAGCAAUUUUUUUCCACUUGCCGGUCAGGGCAUCGAAACAUGGAAUCGAAAUGUAAAAAUUGGAACGAUUCCGGGAGCAUCGGAGCGAUAGAACCGAUUCCCGUCGAUUCUCGAUGCCCGACCCCAGCGACGACCUACGUCAUACGUUAUUAUCGAGGCCAAGCGCACGUAGAUAUCCAAAACAAGAUGUACUGCUAACAGUCCAUUCAACGCAUUUCUUUGACGACCUCCAAUCUAUCCUGUAGUUGUAUAUCUAGAGUAGACAGGGAUAUUGGUGUGUUGAGCAGCACAGGCCAAAAUCAAUCGGCCAUAAUGCAGUCGUUAUCAUUUCUGCGCGGCCCGGUACCAAAUGUGCCACGGAACAGUACCGGUUCACCGCGGCCCGGUCGUUGGGGACCCCUGGUCUAAAUCAGGGCCGGCCCAGCCUAUACGCAGACUAUGCAGCUGCUUAGGGCCCCUGACCACUAGGGGGGGGGGGCAAUCUGGCAAUUGUUUAAUUUAUAUUCUAUUUUGUUUACUACAGUUUGCUU